UUUAUAGUUAGGACUCUACAAUGUAUGAAAAAAAUUUUGCACCAGACGCUUUGGUACAAGCUAUAUUCUUUACUAAUGAAGCAGAAUAUGUCAUACCAAAAUUAGAAUAUUCAAUACAAUUAACAAGUUCACCAGAAAAAUUACAAACCCUUGUCAAAGCAUUAAUUAUACAAGAAAAUAAUGAAGCCAAUUUAAAAGAAGUUGAUUUUGAAUUUCUUAUAAAUGGAAAAAUUUUUAAUAAUAGUAUUGAAGAAUAUUUAAAGCUUAACAACCUUACUACUGAAAAUGUGUUAGAAAUUGAAUAUAUUAAAAAACUCCCCUCUCCAAAUCCAAGAACACUACACAAACACAAUGAUUGGGUUAGCUCUCUUGACAUUAUUAAUAUAGAUAAAUCAAAUUCUAAAAUCACAACAUAUAUUUUGACUGGUUGUUAUGAUAACACAUUAAAUAUAUGGAGUCAAGAUGGUAACAAAUCCAAAACACCCAUAUUUUCCAAAUUAAUCCAUGAUGGACCUGUGAAAGAUAUCAAAUUUGUUUGUACACAAUCUCCCCAUUUUAAAAACUUUGCUUUCCUGACUGCAUCACAUGACCAAACUGUAAAAUAUUGGAAAAUCGAAAAGAGAAUAAAUAAAAAAGAGUUGACAGAAAUUCAUGACGGCACCAACUGGGUAUUGCAAUGCAUAACCAUAAACAGAGGUCACUUGGGAGGGGUUGAAUGCGUUAGCAUACAACCUUUAGAGAAAGGUGCAAAUCCAAAUGCUUUGUUCUGUAGUGGUUCAUGGGAUAAAAUGGUCAAAAUUUGGCGGUUCGAACCAGAUAUGAAUGCCAAAGAUCUCAAAACCAACCAAGCGAUCACCAAAAAAAAUAAAAGAAUUAACAUACCUAUCCUAACGAUAGCCCAUCAUGAUGAAGUAGUGAGUACCAUUCAAUGGAUCCAAGAAAACGAAAUUUGCAGUGCUUCUUGGGACUGUACAAUCAAAAUAUGGGAUGUAGAAGCUCAAAAAACUAAAACUACACUCGUGGGUCAAAAAUCGUUUUUAAAUAUUUCAUAUUCGCCACUAUCACAGCUGAUCAUAUCGGGUUCUACCGACAGUCAUGUCAGGUUAUGGGAUCCAAGGACUGAUGUUGGAACUAUAGUCAAAUGUGCAUUCUCAUCACACAAAGGAUGGGUAUCAUGCGUUAAAUGGUCACCCAAUAACAUCAAUCAAUUCACAUCUGGCUCAUAUGAUUCGAUUGUUAAAAUUUGGGACGUCAGGAGUGUUAAGACACCACUCUUCAAUCUAUACGGCCAAAAGGAAAAAAUUUUAUGCAAUGCGUGGACGCAAGAUAAUUUAAUUGUGAAUGGAGGCUCGGACAAUACACUUCAAAUAUUUCAAAUAUAAUUUUUUUUUUCUGUUAAAGAUCAUAAUUUCAAUCAUGUUCCA